UUGCAUGUUGAUCGCGGCCGAUGUUUUUUUGUACAAAGGAAGUUAAACUUUUCCGUAUAUUUCGAGUUGCAUGUUGUAGUUGCAACCUGAGAAUUGCAGAAAGCAAACAUCUUACUAAGUUCUCUCUCCCAGUUUGCACAAGAGACUUCUUUAAGAGUGCGUUAUAAACCACUAUGCCCAGGUAUGGUACAAAAACAUACAGCCGUACACUUCGUGCAGGCUUGAUUUCCAAUCAGCAAUUCGAUGAACUCUUGACUGACUCUAACACUCGACGACGACCCUCGACCAGAUCCUCCCCUUCAAAAGCAUCACCCAAUAAAGCAUCCCCGAUGAAGGCCCAUAACGCAGUUGGGAAACAGAUGGCGGGAAACUCUGCCGGAGUACAGACAGUGCGGACUUCCAGGAACAACUCGGAGCAAACGGACCCGUUGAGCAGCCCGAAGAGGAGGCGUUUGGAUAGCGGAAGUGACGACCCCUUUAGUUUCAGUAGCGACGAUGAUGCUUCUCGGUCACCGAUCAAGAGAAAUGACACUCGUGCCGUUCCGAUGGCAGCGCAAAACAAAUUCACUGGAAUGGACACGCAGCCCGCUCUCCGUCAAACGAGGGCAAGCAGCGCCCAGGCACUGGCGGAGAGUAAGAUUCAAACCAGAUCAUCCGGGUCGACGAAGUCUACGACGGCGGCAGGAGCGGUUGAUCGAACAAAGAAGCAAUCUUCCAUCCUGCGUUUCGCAAAGAAACUGGGCAAUAACGACUCGACGCCUGCUCAGAGACAAACUGGAACUCUCCCUAAACCCCACGAUGCAAUUAGAACGCUGCCAUCCGCUGCCUUGAAUAGCAUGGGGAUCAGGCCGCACACCAAGCCUGCCUCAACAAACUCUGUGGACUACCUCUCUCAGGUCAGUAAUUCCUCGGAAGCGAGCAGCGCCCUCUAUAGUCUGAACAGCACGGGACACUCGAGCGAUCUUUCCUCAGGGGAUAUCCUUAAUUCAAUAACCUCGCACGUUGCCUCCAGCGACGAAGACAAUGUUCUGCUGCUCUCGGAUGGAGACAACCCCCAGCAGUCUAGAUCCCAGACUCUCUCCAACACCUUGAACAGUUUCACCCCUCAGAGUCAAUCCUUCAACUUAGAUCUGACCGGUGGCGCACCAAAACCCGGCAACCAGAAAGCUCCGUCAGUCACAAACUCUUCUAAAGAUGAAUUUGACUUCACGGACAGCGGUGAAGAGGAAGACGAGGAGGAGGAGCGGCCCGUUCUAAAUCCCACCAAGGGGAGAGACAAAAAUCCGGCAGUUAAGAAAAUUUUCAACAGCCCAAAAAAGUCUCCAGCUAAAGCUCGUUACAAUGCACGCUCAUGGAAUGCACCAACGAGUCCAGAAGACGCUCAGAAAAAUGCAAGUGUGGAAAACCAGCCUGGAAAAGCUCAGCCUUCGCUGCGAAAACACCAGUCAGAUCCCGCGAAUCGUGCAUCAACGAGUGGUUACGGCAGUCAGGGUGCCAGAUUUGGGAUCAAGCAGGGGGCGAAGGGGCUGACCCGGCAGGUCACCUACCCUACGAAGGUCAACCAUUCCAUUGUGACCUCUUUGAAAUGUGACAAGCAGGAGAAAGGGUUGUACACAGUCGUCCAGCACGUCAAGCAAGCUACACAGUGCCAGGAAUCCGGCGAGAGCCAACAAUAUUCCGAUGAUAUUGAAUACCUACGUGAUGGUUUAGAGCCGAUCGCAUCUACGUCUACACGUUGUCUCAGCACUAUCAGUUUGGUGGAGAAAUGCGCUGUUCCAGCAUUCCGGCUACAUCUACGAGCCCACGGCACCAUCAGCAAGCUGUUUGCUGCCCUCAGGGAUGCAGAUCACUACCCGAGCUUAGCCUUUUGCACAGCUGGACUGAUGUACAUGCUCAGCCGAGAUCGCCUUAACAUGGACCUGGAUCGAGACAGUCUGGACCUCCUCAUAAGACUGCUCAGCGUCGAGUCAGAGAUUGCGUCGGACGAGUGGAGCGAAACGCAGCGGCAGGACUACGACCGGACGAAGGAGAAGAUGCGCAGCGUGCUGGAAGAAGUCCCGAAUACGUGCAGCAUGGCGAAGGAUCUUGACUUGGAUGGAUUAUCGAGUGAAUAUCUGGCCAUGGAAUCUUUAUUAUCGUUAACUUCAAGACGUGCCGGAGAGUGGUUCAAAGAAGAACUUCGUCUAGUUGGUGGACUGGACCAUAUAGCAGACACAGUCAUCGGAGUUCAUGAGAAACUCGCUGCUCUGGAGCCUGGAGCAGACACCCCUAACCUAGACCUAAUUGAGAGAUUGAGUGGAUGUUUACGAGUCUUGGAGAACGUCACUUUCUUAAACACAGAGAACCAGCAAUACCUCCUGGAGCUCAACGACUGCAGCUUAGUCAAGGCCUUCGCAUGCAUGGUACCUUUGUGUUGCCAGCGAGUUGAGAGAUUCAGUGAACAAGAGAGGACAGUCCGGAUUGGCAAGGAGAAGACGCCCGGCGGGAAAAUGAGAUUGUGCCUUCUGGCGUUGUUGAGAGUCCUCCUAAACAUUACCCACGACAACGAAUGGGGAAGUAUGAAAGUCGGGGAGCAGUCAGGUCUGAUCAGCAAUAUCCUCAUCUGUGUACUCCAAGUAGCUCAACAUAUCGCCCACGACCAACGCUUUGACCUCCUUGUAUUGAGUCUGGGAGUCUUGAUCAACCUUGUGGAACACUGUCCGGGCAAUGCUAAGAUUCUCACUAACACAAAGACAAACUAUUCCUACGAUGUCCAAGCUGAUGACAGUAAGAAAUUCACCACCGUUGGGGAAGUCUGCUCACUGGAAGCUCUCACUCAGUUAUUUAUGCAACGCUAUCGAGCAGCAUCUCGCGCCGAACGGGAACCGGAACCCGGCGAGGAGCAGCCAGACGACGACGAGGAAGAUCUUAGCGAGGCCCAGGCGGGCCUGGAGUGGGUAGAGAUUGAGACGUCAGGCACUGGAGGCAGCAACGAGCUCACCGAGGAAGAAAUCAAACGGUCCGUCAGUAAAGUUCUGCAUACAGCAGGCAAGCACAUGGAGGACAGCAUCGUAGCGUCCUACACAGCGCUUCUCAUCGGUUGCCUCGUCAAAAACAAUCAUAUGAACGUGACUAGAGUUCGUAGCUUCCUUCCUGAGGGCGAGUUCUCCUGUAUGGUCCAGAUGCUUCAGAAGUUUCUCUCCUUCAUUGAGCUCACCAAUGCAGCUGGCAACACGGGCAGUAAAUCCAUAUCAAAGAUUAUAGAGGUACUGGAUCACCUUUAAUUAAAAUGGUAUGUUCCUCUUCAAUUAAACACCUAGGCAGUCAUGUGGAUCAUUUGACUUCAGUUGAAGGGGGUGUGUAUGUACAUGUAUCUGCGUGCACAAAGCUGAACUUUGUUUAUAUCCUUCGGCAGUGAAUGCAUCAGAGAGGCAAAAGGAGAAAUAUUUGUUUACCCUUAAUCAAAAUGAAAAAGUCCAUCUUGUAGUGUAUUGAUACAAGUUUUGGAAGACGCCAUUUGCUGUUUGGGUGAAACCAUAUCUAUCGAGGGAAGAGUGAAGCCAACCUCUUAGCAAAAUGGCUCAACCCACAUUUGCAAAAUUCUUGAAGCCAUGGACUGUUCUAUGUGGCUCAAAAGGGGGGAAAUAAGCCUGUUUGUCAAGAGUGGGUGCUCUGUGGUGUGCUUGUUUCAAAUACUGUGUGUCGCAAAUUAUCUUUCUACCGGAGGGAACUUCUAUUUUUGUAAAUUGGCUUAAAGUGAAUGUUGAUAAUUUUAACGAGUUCACCGUUCAUUGUACAUAACUUGUCAUAAAUAAUAAACAAUAUUUUUAAGGAGUCGUGAUUUGACUAUUGGUAAUAAUCUCAACUUUCAAAUAUUGCACUGCGGAAAAAAUUAUGUUGGCGGGACUUGUAUGCAAAUUUACUCAAAUAUGGCAAGUUUUACUUUUCAAACUUUCAACGCCUGCAUUUCUUCAGGUUUUGGUGUUAUUUUUAAAUCAUUGGUAAUAUUGCAGAUUUUGAAUGAACAUUUUUUGGUGGUCUAAAAAAAAAUGCAAGCGGAAUUUUAUCAAAUUUAACUUGCCGGGAGAGUUUAUACAAAAAUCGUCGUUUUGUUAGUAUUGAAAAUCAGGUUGAUCAAGUAAUGUAUGAACAAUUGGACAACAUAUCUACAAUGAAGUAAUUUAAUUUUAAUUUGAAGCGAUAUUAUGGUAAUUCAUGGUGCACAGAAAACAUUUUAUGGUGAAUGAAUUUUUAUUUUUCUUAAUUUUGUUUUCAUUUGAUUUAAUCUGUAUGUACUCGAUGAUGCAAUGUGUAAUUUUAAUGAGUUUUAAAAAUUGUUAAUAGUUUUAAUCUGGAUUUUUAAGAGUUAGAUUUUUUAGUUACGCUGUUCUGCAAUGGAAGGGUCGCCCAGGGCCCAAUUUCAUGGCUCAUAUUCCCCGCUUACGUGCAAGCAUCAAAUUUCUGCGCUAGCC